AUGACGUUUGGUUUCUAUGUUUAGUUUAUUGAGUCAAGCUGUAUUUACCAGAUAAACUAAAUAAAGCUCAGUGAUAGAUCAGGAAGCAAAGUGUUAAACUUGGCAAGUUGAAAAAGUGUUGAAAUAAACUAUUGUUAUUGUUAUCUGGAAAAGUUUAUGAAUCAGUGGACGUGGUGAAAGUCAGAAUGGAUGGACGUACCAGAAGAAGAACACCAAAUGAUAAUGGGAAUGAUCAACAAAGAAAUGAAUACGAGGACAGAUCUGAAUCCAAAAGGCCCCGCCUCAGAAACGGAGAAAAAGAAAGUCAAUGCAUAUGGUCAUCAGGCAAUGUGGAACAUUUCCUUGCAUUUGAACCAACAGAAAUACCGAAAUGGCGACUAGAAACGAGGACCACAGAGGCACCAACUAUUUCUGAGAUGCUAAAAGAUAUAGUUAUUUAUAAAGGAAACCUAUGAGCGACUAAAGGGAAUUCAACAGAAGCUAAAAGAAAGGAAAAUUUCACAGAUGGUUACUUGUUAGAUUUUUAUGCACUAUACAGAAAGAAAGAAGGUAUUGGAGUACAAGAAGAAACUUUGACGGAAUCAAUUAUGGAAGAUAUUGAUAAAGAAAUAAAUGGUGCCAUGUCGACACGUGUUGAACAGCUGCUUCAAAAUAAAUCUGAAGGGUCGUAUCAAAGACAUAAUUCACUUGAACUACCAAGUUUAGAUUUUGACGAAAUUGGUAGUAUCCAUGACAAGAUACAGGAAACGGGUAAAACGCCAACCAAAAGUACGAAGGAGACCACUAAUUUGUACCUUGCCUACAAGCAUAUAAAAGAUGAGCUUAAAAAAUCAAUAGAUGAUAUGGCUGAAGCCAAUACUCCAAAUAAAGAAAUUGAUUUUUUUUCUGGAAAGCAUGAUAGUAAAGGUUUCAUAGAAGUUGAGUCUUUGAUAAAGCAUACACAUAACAUUCUGAUGGAAGACAUCAUGCAUGAAGGUACACCUCCCGGUAAUUUUAGUACGUACCCAAGAACAGCUGAAUUUAACGGGAAAACACACGAAUACCCUAAAUUUGAAAAUGUAGCUGUAGCUGAACAAGCUAUCCAGACUUUAGUUGAUAAAGUGAAUGAAAUAAUUGAAAGCAUAAGACAGAAAAAUAUUUCAGAUGAAGAAAGAGCAAAAAUGUAUUUUAAAUGUUCAAGUCUGUUUCUGUUUUGUUUCCUUUCAUUACAUCCAUUUGGUGAUGGAAACGGAAGACUCGCCCGUCUACUUUCCAGCUACAAUUUACUAACAUUUUCUCCGUUCUUAACACCUAUUUACAAUGUUUUCAGCGCGACAAGAAAAUGUGACUACGUCCAGGCAUUGGUGGAUGCAAGACAAGGCCUUGGUGAAGCACAGCAUAUCACCGUGAAAGAUGAAGCUAUAAACAUGAGUAUUUCUGCAAUGGAACAAAAACCGUCUGACCUUUGCUCGAUGCUGAUAGAGUCAAACUGGACAGUAUGGAGACAGUUGUUGUUUAAAUUGGGAGACAAAACCAUAAAGCUUUACAAAUGGGAAAUUGAAAAUCAAAACCUUUAGAAAUUUCUUGUCAGACACACACUGAUAUUGCGUAGCAUUCACUGCUUCAUGACAAUGCUUCAACGCUUUAAAUAUUUGAGCCUCGCAAACCAAAGGGAAGAUACAACCACGCAGUGAUUUAAGCAUUUCCUUGUUAUAUAAUUUCUUUGUAUGUUUAUAUACAUGUACAAUAGCUUUUGACUGAGAAAGUUUUGAAAACGAGUGUUUUAUAAAAGGGACUUAGGAAAUGAAUAUCAGUUAUUCAUUUUAUAUUCCUUUUGUAUGGGAGAAAUUUCAAUUUUAAUUUUCAUAGAAAACAGUAUUUGAUGUAAUUUACAUGCAACUGGUUUAGGCGUAUAUUACAUUUAUUACCCAGUAGAUUUAUGUUGAAUAUUAUAUUCUCCGCAUAUUACGUUGUUAUUUUUUGUGUGUACAUAAUGUCACAGAUAUGCAUACACUAUUCAACUCCGUGAUAAUGUGAAGGACAGAAUCUCAUUUUUCACUUAAUUGUUGUAGUAUCAAAUGAAUAAAAAUAUUCAUGAAACCGUGUUAUGUUGUACAUGCAGUUUGUUUUGCCAUGAUUUGUGAUUGUAACACCUGAAGUACUUAAGCUGCGGUUUGUCAAAAUAUUUAGGAAAUAGAUAUCGAUUCUGAGUGGAUUGUUGUAGAAUAAUGCAC